CGCAGGGUCGUUGUCAUUAAUAAUUCGAACGUGCAAAGGUACGGGCUGCACGGGUUCGCUUUUUUAGAAAUAUGUGGUACCCAGCAGAGAGCUACAUGUUCAGAAAUUUUCACGUCAAUCGCGCUCUUUUAAAUAAACGAAUAUCCGCUAUUUUCCCAAAGGAUGAUCGGUGAUACAGCCCUGAAAUUAAAUCUUUCUAAACGCACGCGCAACAGCGACGUAUAUCUGUCAUCUAGUCGUGACACUGUUAUUAUUAUUCACUGUCACUGUUAUUUUUGGAGAUUCGUGUCGUUUGUUGUUCAUGGUCGGUCGAAUGCUUGGUCCAUAAAAGAGUACGUACGUGCUCCCUGUGAUAGAGAAUAAAAAUGGGAAAGAAACGAUUGGAUAUACGUUUCAAUGGUAGUGCCGAAGGGAAAGAUCUAGUCGGAAGUAAGGAUGAUAAAGGCACGUCACGGUUCUGGCACAGAAUACAGAGGAACGAAUGGACGUUUACUUUGCUCCUCCUUUUAAUAUCGCUCUCCAUGAUUUUGAAGAAAUUGUACACAUAUUACGGAAGUAAUUCGCAGCUGCAGAAUAAUGUAGCAUCGUCGACAUCUGUGUUUUCAAACGUGUCCAAUCUGUUAUUGUCACAUUUACCGGAUGUGUCGCAGUUCGAUGCGAAGCAAUUGUCGAUUGUAAGUGAAAAGUUUGUUAACUUUAGUCAAUACGAUGAUGUUGUAAGUGUAACGACAUCGUUCUGUAAAACGUUUGGAUGGUUGAUAAGAGCAGCAGUAUGUGGUCUUAUUACGAUGGGUUUUACUUGGUUUAUAAUUUACAAAGAUAGCAAUGUCCCUGGAAUCAAUCCACCCUCCCCCUUUAGUCCCUCCAAGCAUAGAUUUACAAGGGAAUCAAGGAUACAAAUUAAUUAUUUGAUGGGAAUAAUCAAUGGAGUACUGAUAUUCAUCUACAUGUGUCUCUGAAACGUCGUACCAACGUAUCGGUGCUCGUGUGACUUAAAAAGAAUUAUUAUUAGUUAUUUCUGUUAACUAAUUAUAUGUUUAAUUUAAUAAUUUAUAUCGUAAAUCAACGUAUAAAACAUCGUUCACUGUGAAGAACGAGUGUUAAAACUAAUUGUAAGUAGAUUUAUUUAUCUAUGAGAGAAACGCAAAACGGGAUGUCUUAUGUUUGAAAAUGAAACAACGGACAGUAUUUAAAUGCUAUGCAAGAUUUAACAUCCACAUGAUAUCCUAUAAAGUACAAAACACGUGUUUCAUUCAAAUUCUUGCUCGUUCAUUCAUUUCUUCGUUACACUUAAGACUGUAGAUAUAUUUAUAUUUAUUGAUAGACUAAAGGGAGCUAUGGGUGAAUAACCGUUAACUAUUAUAUGUACUAAUCUCACGAUGUCCUGCAUACGUGUUGUAGUAAUGUGCAAAAUAUUUUUAUAAUUAAAUGAGUGGAAUUAAAUGAGUGGAAUUAAAAAGUGGAAUGACUGAGAGUAUUAAUAAACUGUAUUAUCAAGAGAA